AUGGAAAUAAACAGCUUACAGAUAUAACAAGAAACUCGUUGUUUGAAACACCGAUUUCGUAAAAAAAUCGUUGGUUUUGCCACUACUCGUCAGUUAUUAAAGCGUCUUUAGAAUAGAUGGUAUAUCUAGUCCGACCAAGUCCGUCCGGCGCCAACUGAAAUUACGAAUCUAUAUAUCAUAUCGACCAGGGGUGACGGUUCCCCAUGACGUCAUCCGUCGGGACAACAUUCCCCGUUCCAAGGAUGGCAGUUGGACCAGAACAAAGUGUCGUUCAUUGUUUGACGUCCUGUUCAAACAGUUUUGGAAAUGAUUUUUAGAAAAGUGUUACGAUACGAAAACUAAAUGAUAUAUCGUGAUUGUUCGUGUAUGCGAAAGAACAUUGAUCAAGGGAUAGAAGGCAUCUCGUGGAUACGCAACAAGCGUCAAUGCACGAGACACACAUCGAUUUCACCGGGAAAACAUGAGUGACGGAAACAGCGGACGAAUCGACGAGAGUCUCACGAGUGGUACUGGUAGUUCUCUUCGAAUCCAAUGCGAAUAUUUUGUUGGAACCGCAUUUCGAAUAUUCUUACAGUGCUAUUCGUAGCUAUACAAACAGUCAAUGAUAUUCUUGUAUAUAUGUAUGACAAAGUUCAUGUAACACCUGAAGCUCAUCACCUGUUAACCAUUCUGUAACAUAAUUUCCUAUGCAACGUGUAAUAUAAUUUUAUUAGAUUCGAAAUAAACAAAUGCAAUUUUAAUUUACAUAUACGGUGCUUUGUAUAAUAAAUCCUUGCUGAAUUAGUAGCUUUAAAACAGUUAUUUACUAGGCCAUGUCCUUUUUCGCUAUUUGUCUAAAAUAGGCAUGUACUACUCGAUAGAAGUAUUCAUUGUUUCCCUAGUAGACUAACAAAUUUUGAUAUUUUGUAUGCAAAAUGUAAAACAAUUUAAAAUAUUCUGAAAUUAUAAUACAAAAUGUGUACAAAUUUUCAACAUUUUCCAACCAUUUCCUACUAUUCUUGCUAGUUAUGUAUCCCUUAAUUCUAUUAUUGUCUAUAGUUAGAAUAUAUGUGCUCUUCCAUAUAAAUGAUAUAUUAUCGUUAUAAAGAUGUACGUCGGAAAGCAAAGGACAUGGCACACCAGUAGAUACAAAAUGUUGGACUAGUGGAAGUUGAAGAGUAGAAAGUAAAAAACAGAGAGCAAUAGCGCAGAAGAUAGAAAAAGAAUUGAUCGGUACGUAGUGACAGCAUCGUACAAGAGCAAAUAAGGAGAAUGAGUCACGCUCAGCAGCAUGUACUUGCAAGCGCAAUAGUUCUCGCUCUGAUAGUGGUCUUUGGCAUCCAUGUCUUCCUGUUUCCUAUGUACACAUCCAACCCACCAGCUCGUCACAUUAAAAUAUCGACGUACGAGCAAGCUCUUUGUCGUACCACCUUAAAGAAUGUCAGAAUACCACCAGAGUGGAGAAAUCCUUGUCCCAAAUAUGGAAUAGUUUCGGCAGUACAAGGUGGCAGACUUGGAAAUCAAAUAUGGGAAUAUGUCUCUGUGUGGGCAACUGCUAGAAGAACUGGUUUAGAACCAUUCAUGCCACGUUGCAUACUGAAAACCCUCGAGGAAUACUUCGAAAAUCUCAGUAUUCCGCCGCUCAGUUACAUCGGACGAUGCAGUCUAGAUGUUAGUCAGAUUGUCAAUUCUCUUGGACAAUGGAACAGUACAGAACAAAACAUCAUCAUACCAAGAUACGCAGCUUACUGGUCUCUCAUCUUGGUGUGGUUGGACGAUAUACGAAGAGAAUUUACGUUUAAGCCAAAUUUAAGAACUUACGCGGAAAGGGUACUGAAAGAAGUAGCGGAAGAAUUUAACUUGCUCGAACCAACGUUUGUAAGCAUUCAUGUACGAAGAACAGAUUACAUAGAUUAUCUAUGGCAGAAAUUGAAAAUUAGACCUGCCCCUGUCAGCUACUACUUUGCGGCAAUGGAUUACUUUAUUGGCAAGUAUAAUAAUGUAGUAUUUGUAGUAACUAGCGAUAAUAUAGUGUGGUGCAAGUAUAAUUUGCAUAGUAAACGACAUAGAAUCAAAUUUGUGUCCGAUAUCGACGCAAAAGGUCCUGGCAAAGACCUUGCAGUUUUAUCAGCAUGUAAUCACAGUAUUAUAGAUUAUGGUACAUACGGUUCAUUUGGCGCAAUUUUAGCCGCUGGUGAGACUGUAGUGUACAAUGUAACGACAUACUUUUCUACCUUAAUUGCCGAAGUUUUGCCAAACUGGAAGAUAAUGAGUUGAAUUAAAAUCAAAAGAGCACUUUUUAUGGAUCUCAAAUUAAAAAUAACGCGUGUACAAACACUUUAUUAAAAAAUACUUUUUAUACGGAUUCAAACGAUAAUUUCGUUCGAUUUUAGAACGUGAAGGUAACAUUCUAUGAUGUUUAUUUCAAAAUUGAAAAUGCUCAAUGAUGAAAUUUUUUCACAUAACAUUAUUUUAUUGGGCACGAAUAUCCGUUUAUUGUUUAUUAUUUUUACAAAAAAAUAAUAUUUUUUUUUAGAUAUAAUAUUCACCGUUUUUAAUUGAUAAAUAAUGAAUUACAUCAUUCCGAUAUAUUGUUUCAACAAUUUAAAAAAAAAAAUAAAUGAAAGUGUAUUAUUAUAUUUCACUAAAUUUUUAUCAAAAUGAUACAAGUACAAUGCUGAUAAAUUGCUUAAGAACAAACAAUCUGCAUAGUUUUUCACUUGAUUAUGGCACUAUUAGAUAAAUCUUAGAAAUCAGUGCACCUUGAAUAGUAGUAAGAAAAUUUACAUAUUUUAAAGAAUUUGUAAAGAUCUAACAUAGAAGAGGGAUACAACGGAACAAUGGACCACAAAUGUCUAAAAUUAAAACAGAUGCUUAUUUUUUUUACUACUGUGAUUCAAACACACACGGCCCUGAAAAAUUGAAUAGAUCCAAUAUUCUUUUGACAUAACGAACCAACCAGCUGAGAAUAAUUUAAAAAUCUACAAAGGAAAAUAUUACUAUCCUUCACAGUGGUCAGAUUUAAGCAGUGAUUUUUGGAUGUUCAUAUUAUUGUUUUCAAAAUUAUAAGUACUUGACUAGUUUAGACAUUUUUCGUGAUAUAAUGUAACAAUCUGAAAAAGAGCAUAGUUAAAUGUACUUGCAUUAUGCAUCUAAUACGUCUUUCACGCAAAGACAAAUUUGCAGAUGUAGAAAGAAAAAGUAUUAAUGAUCUAUGACUCUUAUGAUGUACAAUGAUUUCAACUGUGAUUCUAUUUCUUAUUGUGCCAAAAUUCUUAAUAUACAUUCACAUACAAAAAAUAUAUAUAUAAAUAUGUGUGUGUGUGUGUGUGUGCAGAAAAUAUAUACAUUAACUAGUGUACAUAUGUACACAUCCACACACAUAUACAAUGAAGUUAUAUCUAUACAAGGUAUUAUAUAAUGUUUACAAGUAUGCAAAAAAGGAUGGAUUAUUUCUUCACUUAACAAUUAAAUAUUUCUGAAACUGAAAAAAUCAAUAGAUCGAAGGAAAACGUAUUUUACAAUAAGCCCAGUGUAUAAGUGUUUCAAGUUUAUUAACCACGUGACCUGAUAUAUUCGAUUUAUAAUAUUUUAUAAAUUAGUUUAGUCAAUGUGUUUAUGUCUAUAUGUUAACAUCUAUAUAUAUAUAAAGCAUCUUCAUUGUAUUUGAUGCCUGUUAGUUGUUAAUUAUAAGAAAAAGUACGAUCAAAGAGGCGAUAUGAAACUGUAUCACAAUUCAGAAUUUAUGAAAGUGUUGAGAUAUAAAUUGAAUAGGGAUAAUUAUAAAUGUAUACAACUUUCAGGCACUGAUAUGACCUACUCUGUACAUUCUCUGUGAUAAUUUUAUGUAAUUUGUAUAAAAAUAAGACAGAUGUGCUGAAAUUUAUCUGUUUUACAAAAUAAAUAUAGUCUAAAAUCA